AUGGAUGAGACUAUUGAGCGGCUUGAUAUUGCCAUCAUUGGUGCAGGUUGGCAUGGCCUGGCAAUGGCCAAGACGUAUCGAGAGGUUCUCCCAGAUGCCAAAAUGCUAAUCUUCGACGGGGCACAGUCUGUGGGGGGGACUUGGGCCAAGGAGAGACUCUACCCAGGGUUGAAGACUAACAACCUCCUUGGCACGUAUGAAUUUUCGGAUUUCCCAAUGUCUCCGGAACGCUUCGAUGUCAAGCCAAAUCAACAUAUUCCCGGGCACGCUGUUCACGAAUAUCUGGUGCAAUUUUCCGAACACUUCUCUCUCACCUCUUUGAUUCGACUAAAAAGAAAGGUUGAGUCUGCCGAGCUGAUGGAGGAUGGUAGUUGGAAGCUCAGCCUUGUCUCUACUGAACUAGGACGGGAGGCAGAGUCCUGUAUCAUAAUCGCUGGCAAAAUUGUGGUUGCCACUGGCCUCACAUCAGAGCCAUUCGUACCUACCUUCACCGGGCAAGAAACUUUCAACCGAGGCUUAUUCCAUGCAAAGGAUUUGAAGAGUCGCGCCAAAGAGAUCGAGAACGCCACAAGCGUUGCCGUCCUUGGUGGAAAUAAGUCCGCCUGGGACACCUGCUUCUUCGCGGCCAAAACUGGAGCGCAUGUACACAUGAUUAUGAGACCAGGCGGUGGUGGUCCAAGUUGGGUUUGGCCAGUCUUGUUCUCGCCUCUCAAGGUCUCGAUCCAACGCUUGGCUGCAACAAGAUUCUUCACUUGGUUCGAUCCCUGCAUUUGGAGCGAACGUGAUGGUGCCGUGGGUUGGAUACGCGGCGCCCUUCAUGGCACUUAUUUUGGCCGAAGAGCAGUGUCUAAGUUUUGGGGAAUGCUCGAAGGCUUCGCUUCCAAGGCCCAUCGCUAUGACGAGCACCCAGAAACGCAAAAGUUAAAGCCAUGGGUGAGCCCUUUCUGGAUGGGAAACUCGCUUAGCAUCCACAACUACGUCUCCCCCUGGUUCGACCUUGUCCGUGAGGGCAAGGUUACGGUGCAUAUUGCCGAUGUUGUAUCACUAUCAGCAGGUACGGCCCAUUUGUCUGAUGGGGGCGAGCUCAAUAUCGAUGCAUUUGUCUGCUGUACUGGAUGGGUCACACAACCUCCGAUCAAGUUUUUGCCUGAAGGGAUUGACCUGUCAUUGGGUCUACAGAACUUUGAUAAUGCCGAGAACCGCUAUUUGACAGAGAAGGCUCGUGCAGAAAUCUUUGCUCGGCUACCUGCUGUGCGAGGGUUGCCGGUUCGUACCCUCCCCCCUGGAACCGUAGAGCCAAAGCAGAAUGCUGCUACUUCUGUCAAGAAGACGUCCCACAGCUAUCGCCUUUACCGUUUCUUGGUGCCCUCUGACGAGAAGAUGUUUACCCAACGGAAUAUUGCUUUCAUUGGUUCUCAUCUAGCGCUCAAUGCCAUUAUGAUCGCACAACUGCAAGCACUCUGGGUCACGGCCUAUUUCAUGGAUGAGUUGCCUCACCUACAGUCGAGCUCCUUGGACUACGAUGAAGUCAAAUAUGAAACAGUGCUUCAUUCUGAAUACUCUCGCAUCCGUCACCCUCAUUCGGCUGGCGGGGCUGGUGAUAGAUGCCCUGAUUUGACGUUUGACUGUUUGCCAUACAUGGACCUGCUCUGCACGGAUCUUGGGUUGAAGAAGUACCGGAAGACGGGAAUUAUUUGUGAAAUUUGGUAUCGAUAUGGACCAGCGGACUUUCAAGGUAUGGUACAGGACUGGAUCAGCAGGAGAGAGCGCCUUGCCCAAAGCAAGAUGCCAAAUAGCAUGUAG